AUGUCGGAACGGCCAGCCGGCAUGCCGCUGCCUAGGAAGGAGAGCGCGGCGGCGGCGGCGGUGGCGGCACAGCCCGCCUUCCUGCUGUGCCCGCUGUUUGGUGACUCGCCCAAGCCAAUACCUGUUGGCAGAGAGCAUGUUCUGCCCCAAGAAGCCAAGCCGGCAGAAGGAGCAGCGGGAGGAGCAGCGCCAGCAGAGGCGGUGCUGGGGCUGCGCCCACAGUGCGGCUUCGCUGGCGACCAGGCGCCGCACGGCGCAAACGUCGCCCGCUGGCACAUCACCCUGCGCGCCGUGCCGGCGCCCGGGCCAGGCGCGGGCGCCGCCGGCGCAGUCGGUGCGGCUGGGGCCACGCAGCAGUGGCAGCUGGAGGCCGGCGUGCACCAGGCAGCCUACCUGCAAUGGGCGGGGAGGGAGCCAGUGCAUCCGGUGGGAGCAGGCAUCACCUUGCUACUGCAGCCGCAUGACCGUCUCUUCCUGGCUAAGCAGGAGGAUGCAGAGCACUACCUGUUUGGAUUCAAGGUGGCCCUGCCCGGAGCCUCGCCGUUGGGUGCGCCCCGCAAGCGCAGCAGCCAGGCAGCAGACGGCGCCAGCCAGCCGCCAGCCAAGCGAGCUGCCCGGCACGGCUGGCAGGCGGGAGCAGCCGCAGCCAGCCUCGGCGGCAGUCGCACAGCAGCAGACGGCAGUAGUGGAGUGCAGGCAGCCGAGGUGCCGGAGUUUACACCGGUGCGCGACAACAGGCAUGGACAGGAGGGCUUGCGGGAGUUUGCGCCCAACCCAACCGAUCACGGCGGCAGGACGGGGCGCUACACAGACGACACGCAGAUGACGAUCGCGCUCGCCAAGAGCCUGGUGCGGCGGGGCAGGUGUGACCCCGAGGACUGCACACAGGCGUAUGUGGAGCAGCGGAGGCUGGUGCCGGUGGGCCACACUUAUGGCAGGGACGCCAAGAACGCAUUUAACGCUCUGGAGCGCGGCACAGCCGACUGCCGCACCUCUGGGCGGCUGGCACGGCCGGAUGGCUCCUGGGGCAACGGCUCGGUCAUGCGGAUCGCCCCGGUGGGCCUGGCCUACAGGAACGCGCCGGCAGAUGUGCUGCGCUGGGCUGUGGCGGAUGCCGUGAUGUGCACCCACGUGCACCCAGAGGCGGCGGAUGCGGCCAUAGUGCAGGCGGCAGCGGUGGGCCUGCUGGCCAAGCCUGGUGUCACCGAGCCUGUGCUGGAGUCGCCGCUCGCGCUCAUAGCACGCCUGCUGCCGCUGGCGGCCACGGCGGCCAUGCGGCAGCGCCUGGAAGCGAUUGAGCGGGCGCUGGCGAGGCUGCCGGCGGGGUUGGACACGGGGAGCGAGCGGGGCAGGGUGGUUAGCGAGAAGAUGCGGAAUGGCGGGUACUGGCAGAUCCGGGCGGUGGAUGCGACGGCCAGCGUGCUGUGGGCCUUCUGCCGCCACUGGGGCCACCCUCCGGCAGCCAUUGUCGGCGCGAUGCACCAGGGUGGCGACACCGAUACCCUGGCUAGCAUGGCGGGGGCGCUGGCGGGGGCGCAGCACAGCUGUUGGUGGGUGCCGCUGUGCUGGUGGUCCGCGCUGGACCGCAGCGUGGCCACAGCCAGCGGCCCGGAAGCGCUGGCGGAGCUGGCGGUCUCCCUGGCGGCGCUGGACGUGCGGGAGUGA